UUGUCAAAAAUCCUGGAAUCGUCUGGUUUCUUGGAAUUCUUUCCUUAAUUCUUCUAGAUAUAAAUUUUACUUGGAGAAAAUAUCUUGCUCAAAUACCCUAGAAUUCAAUGGUUUCCCAAUUUGAUUAGCUAGUGGAUUAGUCUCAAAUUAAUUCGAACAUAUAUUACCGUCUCUCUCAACACUCCUACUCUGCAGCGACUCCUCCGCCAUGAAUGGCCACGCGAAAGCUCAAAACACCGACGAAGUCCGGAUCGCCUCCGAAUUCUUGUCCAAUUGGCUGCCUUUCUUAGCCCGCGGCCUCUGCAAAUCCUGCACGCACACCAUCUCCCACCGAAUCCGAUCUCUCCAUACAGAACGGGAUGCUGCUGUUUCUACACAGAGUAUUGUAGAUGCGAAUCACUGUAAGGAAGAUUUGGGUGACUGCACUGCCCGUUCCACUGGGAGUGCGAAAGACAGUGCGGAUAACUAUGAUGAUGAUGAUGAUACGCAUUCGUUGGGUAGUUGGAUGGACGAGGCUGAUCGAAUGUUGGAACAAGCUGUUGAGGCAUCAUCAAGAAGCGAACCAUUAAACUCGUCAGCACGACAGCCAAGACCUAUGUUGAAAAAGUCUUGGGCAGAUAUGGCUAUGGAGGAUGAGGUUGUGGCAGGAGAUGACAAUGAUGAGAGCAAUGGGCUUGUUGAUGCUAAUGAUUCUUUUUCGGAGGUAAAUUCUGUGGCUGAAGCUAAGCCAAAGGUGGCGUUGAAAGGAAAAAGGACUUUCUAUGUUUGGAAAGGAUCAACUGUCAACAUACUGGAAGGGCUGGAGCUACACAAAGCUAUCUUCAGUGCAGCAGAGCAAAAGAGGAUUGUCAGUUUUGUUGGACAGCUCGAAGAGAUGGGAAAAAAGGGCCAGUUGAAAGCGCGCACAUAUACUGCUCCUCAGAAGUGGAUGAGGGGGAAGGGGCGUAUAACUCUUCAAUUUGGUUGCUGUUACAACUAUGCCACAAUUCUAUUGGGUGACAGGAUAAAAAGGGCAAUCCGCCAGGAAUCCUCAAGGCCGAAAUUGUCGAUCCGUUGCCCCAAUUGUUCAAGAUCUGUUCUUGUAUUAAAAGGAAACGGAGCUGAUGUGGCUAAGCAUUGUGUCCCAGCUGUCCCUUCCAAAAGGAUAUCGAUUACCUUUAGGAGAAUGGAUGACACUAAAAGGCCAAUGGGCUAUACUCCAGAACCAGAUUUGCAAGGGCUUCAACCAUUGAUGGAUGAAGAGGAAAGAUCUAGCAAGGAUAAUGCUUCGAAGAGACAGACAUAUUUCGAGAAAGCCAGCAGAUGGAGGAGAACCUAUGGUAGAUAGGGGAAGAGGAUUGGCUUCAGAAAAUCCAAAUUCCCGUUCUUCAGGCCGAACAAGACAAGGUCCUCCAUACAGGAGAAGGCGCGGGUCUAAUCAGGAAUAUUGACGAGUUAACUAUUACUAUGUUACAGACUUACAGUUAGUUACUGGAUUUCAAGAGUCUUAAAUAUAUUUCUCAACCUAUCUGUUGAGCACAUUUUUGCGCCACUCAUCAGGUACCGUCUAAACUAUCACUAAAAGUAUCUCAGUUUAAGGCUAUUACAACAUGUGGGCUUUGCAUAUAGCUAUAGCAAAAUGCUGUCCGAGUCUUGUCCGUACUUAAAGAACUCUAUGUCAGUUGGGAAUUGUUGCUGUGGUCUGUGUUCUUCUUCCUGUUUCGAGGAUAUUCAUCUCUGAAUGGUAUUAAUGUCGCAGGCUCAAAUGAAUAGUUGAAUCCGAACUUACAGAGCUGGCUGGGAUGUAAGAAAACCGGUACAGCUAUUCAAGAGGAAAUUCAUUGAAGAUUAUUUUUCAGUUUUAUUUUUUUUACAUUUGCAUGUAGUAUUUUAGAAUGGAUCAACCUGUAUAUUUCAUUUUGAGUUGGGAUUUUUCAAGGCUGUGUUAGCUUUCAGUAUAAAUGAGUAUUAGUGAUUUUUCUCCUA